AUGUUCUAUUCAUUCCAAGACUCGGUCAAUCUUUAUCUAGUCAUGGAGUUUCUUCCUGGCGGUGACGUGAUGACUUUGCUAAUGCGACAUGACACUCUUACUGAGACUCAGACACAGUUCUACAUCGCUGAGGCGGUCCUCGCUAUUGAUUCGAUCCACAAAAUGGGUUUCAUUCAUCGGGAUAUCAAGCCAGACAACUUGCUGCUAGAUGCCAAAACGAACUCUUCUGCAUUCGUGACUGAGAUUGUGCAAGCGCUGAUCUCAUCUUCAGCGAUGACGGCGUUAUCAGAAAGUGCAUCGGAUUCUAGUCGAUUGAAGCUAGCAUCCCGAAAGCACGUUUUAUUGUUGCACCGGUAAUCUGUCUCCAACUUUUUGAAAGGAACCUAAUAGCAUUGCGCACAGAUAUCUUGGCGUUUACAUCCACCGCCGAUGAUGAGCCAGAUAACACGUUGUUUUCGAUGUGAUAAUUAAUUCGGUUCACAUUUUCCUUUCUGCAACGGGGUCUUAGAUACAUACUCACACUUUGGUCCAUGGGUUGAAGAAUGCGGGCCGUGUUUGCCUGCAACAAUUCCAUUUGAAUUUCUUGCAGUCCUUCUGCCUGUGGAUGCACUGUGCAAUUAUCCAAGAGUAACAUACCUUUUCCUCCAUAUUGGCCCCC